UUUAAAUCGUUUUCUCACUCUCAAUUGGAGUAACUUUCCUUUCCUUUUAGUUGAAUCGUUUUCUCACUAUCAAUCGGAGUCGACGAUUGAAGAAUAGUUCCUCGGGAAAAGCCUUCGCCUCUUUCUCUUUUUCCAGUCCCAGAAUGUAAUGUUUCAGAUUUUCAAGGAUUCUCCUGUCUUCAAUUAUAUCGCAGCCUUUCUCCUAUCGUCGGUGAAGUCUCUUCACAUUACUCGUACCUUUAGCUCUCUUAGUUUUGGAUCUCCUCCAUCGGUUUUCACUUCACCCCAUGUCGCUCUAACAAGGAGUCAAGAUUUCUCAGGAGGUACAAUACUUCUGAUCAAGCAAAGCCCGAGGUUUCUUCAGAAAAUGGAGUUGAUGUUCCCGCAAGUGAUGAUCUUGUCAUUGAAACGGUCCAAGUAUACAACAACUCGGUUGAGCUUCGUGAAAAUUGUAAAUCAGAUGUUAAUGUUGAAGAAGCUUCUGCUGGGCCACAAAAUGAAGGUUCAGCUUUUGUGAUUGAGCUACCACGUGUUUUGAAGUAUGAUUGUGGUAGCCACGAUUGUGUCUCAACGCCUCAUGAUGUUGUGGCGGAUUUUGAAUCCAAUUCGAGUGAUCCAUCGGCUAAUCUUGUUCCUCAUGUGCAAGUGGCACCUGAAAUUGGUCCAUCUGAUAAUGAAGCCCAAAUCCAAGAAGUGUGUCUGAGUGAGUCGAAAAAACAAGGGGCCAUAGGUGA